AAGGACAUGGUAGUAUUGAGAACAAUGUUUCAUGAUAGCCAGAUUGCUGAGAAGGUUCAACUAGGCCGUGAUAAAAUGAGCUACAUGAUGCUGUUUGGCAUUGCCCCCUAUUAUAAAUCUGAGCUCGAUAAAACUCUGCAUAAUACAAACUGCAUUGUCGUUGGUUUUGACGAGUCCUUAAAUAAGACUACAAAAAAGCAGCAAAUGGAUCUAAAUGUCAGAUUUUGGGAUGAAGAAAAGAAGGAGGUGGUAACUCGUUACAUGACCUCAAUGUUCUUGGGACGAUCUCGAGCAACAGAUUUACAUGCAGCUUUUAAAGAAGGCCUGGGAAAUAUCCCUUUAAACAAGCUUCUUCAGGUGUCGAUGGAUGGUCCCAACGUGAAUUGGUCAUUUUUACGCGAGCUGAAAAUGGACUUUGAACAUGGAGAAGAAAGGCUCUUGGAUUUAGGUAGCUGCGGAUUGCAUAUUUUGCACGGUGCAUUCAAGGAAGGUGUUCGCUGCUCUGGAUGGAAUGUUACGAAGUACCUGCGAGGCAUCUAUCACAUCUUCAAAGAUGUUCCAGCACGACGCGCUUUAUUCACAUCGUAUUCGGGAAGUGCUGUGUAUCCACUGAAGUUUUGCGCUCACAGAUGGUUGGAAAACAUUAACGUAGCACAAAGAGCUGUGGAGAUUACUCCUCAUAUAAGGAAGUUCGUUGAGGGUGUUCAGAAUGACAAAAUUGAACCAAAAUCAGAUUCGUACGUCGAUGUAGUUGAGUGUCUAAAAGAUCCUCUACUGUUGGCUAAGUUGACCUUUUUCAAAUCCGUUGCCGCUGAAGUAGAACCAUUUUUGCGCGAGUUCCAAACGGAUAAUCCCAUGGUGCCAUUUUUGUAUAACAAUUUGAGUCAAAUGGCUAGAAGUAUAUUGGGAAGAUUCAUGCAGAUCGAUCAGCUAAAGAACAUCACUCAGGUAACAAUAGAAGAGAUCAAUGAAGCCAAGAAUCAUUUACCAAUGAAAGAGAUUGUAUUGGGUUUUGAAACAAGAAAAGUUUUAAAAAACUCGUCAAAAUUGACCCAAAAACAAAUUCUGCAAUUUCGUCUGGAAUGCAAAGGAUUUUUGAAAGCACUGAUUCUAAAGCUUAUGAAGCGAUCGCCAUUGACGUAUCCUGUGACGAAAGCCGCAUCCUCUCUUGACCCUUCAGUCAUUGAUUCCGAUCAAAAAUUGGCUGGAAAACGAUUCGAAAAGCUUUUAACUAUAUUGAUGGAUUUUGGUCGUAUCAGUGGAGCUUCAGCAGACUUGGCACUGAAACAAUAUUUAAAAUUAGUUGGUAGCAACAAAAGCAACAAGUUUGCCUACUAUGAUCGGAAAAAUGAACGACUGGACCAUUUCUGGAAGGGAUUGCUAUCGGGGGAUGAGUUUAUGGAACUUUUUACCAUCGUAAAAAUGAUCUGCUGUCUCUCGCAUGGAAACGCCAACCUUGAGAGGGGCUUUUCCAUUAACGCUGAAUGUCUUUUUGAAAACAUGCGUGAGGAAUCGGUUGUUGCUAAGCGACAAAUUUAUGACGCUGUAUUUCACGCUGGAGAGAUAGCAUCAAUACAAAUUUCGAACCAGCUAAUUCAACGAGUUCGAAAUUCUCACUCCCUUUAUAUAGAAGACAAGGAACGCCGUAAGAAAGAAGAUCUUGCGUCAAAUGCGUCAAAGAUGAUGAAACGUCAACGAGAAGCAGAAGCGAAAUCUUUAGAGAUCAAACGGAGUAAAAUUUUGGAAAACGCACAGAAGGAAGCCGAAAGUUUGCAAGAAAAAAUCGCUUUGUUGAAAUCAACUGUUUUGUAAAACUCAUCCGAAUCAAAAUAAAUAAAAUUUUCUGCUGUAUUAGUAUUUAAGCAUCUUUCAUGAACUGCAUGAAUAAAUCAUGUUCUAUCUUUUACGCCGUUUCUCAGUCUUUGUAUAAUUCAAACAAAAAAAUACAAAAAACUCAUUUAUUGGAUUAUAUUCGCUCAUAAAUUUACUUGUUCUAGCCUUCAUAGAUACUUACUAGCUGUUAAAAAACAGAACUAAAAUAAAAAUUUUGAUCACUAGUCUAUAUCUGGAAUUUUUCUGGAAAAGUACUGGAAAAUCAGGGAAUAUCAGGGAAUUUUUUUUCGGAAUUUGAGUCG